UAUCUACCACUUGAAGUUCCUUUAUAAUAGCUCAUGUAUGUCAAUCAAAAAUAACUUCCAGCUUUAACUAUACUACCAUGGCUAAGCCACAAUCCUCCAUGGGUCUCCAGGUGGAAUCCAUCGUCUUUCCACCAUCCGUCAAACCUCCAGGCGCAACCAGCACUUUUUUCCUGGGAGGUGCAGGUGUGAGAGGAAUGAAUAUCGAAGGCGAUUUUGUGAAGUUUACGGGACAUGGUGUUUACUUGGAGUAUAAAGCUAUUUCUUUGCUUGCUGUUAAGUGGAAAGGCAAAAGCGUUGAAGAGUUGACGGAUUCCGUUGAGUUCUACAGGGACAUCGUUACUGGCCCCUUUGAAAAGUUUGCUCAUGUGACAAUGAUACUACCGUUAACGGGUAAACAAUUCUCAGAAAAGGUGGCGGAAAAUUGCGUAGCGAUUUGGAAGUCCUUCGGGAUUUACACAGAAGCAGAUGCCAAAACCAUUGACAAGUUUCUAGAGAUUUUCAAGGAUCAAAACUUCCCACCAGGCUCCUCUAUUCUCUUUACAAUUUCACUAGUUGGAUCACUAACGAUAAGUUUCUCGAAAGACGGUUGCAUCCCGGAAGCUGGGAGUGUUGUUAUAGAGGAUGAAAAACUGGGAGAAGCAAUACUGGAGUCGAUGAUAGGGAAGCAUGGUGUAUCCCCAGCAACCAAAAAAAGUUUAGCCUCAAGACUCUUUGAUCUCAUGAACCAGAAAGCAAAUAAUUAAGUAAAGAUGGUUUGUAGUGGGUAAUUUGGUAAAUUCAUGGGUGUAAUAUUAUUAAGUACAUGACAAUUUACGUAUAUGGUAUGCUAAAUCCAUCAACCAAAAGGUUAUGUAAUAGUAAAUAAGGGUUGAGUUUAUGUAGUGGUAACUGGUAAGAAAUUUUAUAUGCAAUACUUGUAACUAUAUAUAAAUUUUAGGGUGUGUUUGGUUUCAA